AUGUCCAAGCGUGCCCGAGACGUCGAGCUAGAUCAGCUGGUGCAUGACAAGCCGCUUGAUGGCAGGGACGCCUCCCUUCCUGGCCGCGGCACGCUAGAGCAGCUCCCCAAUGUCCCCAGCUACCGAGCCACCACUGCCUCCCGCAUCCCCAUCCUUGUCACCAGCAUCCCAAAGGCUGGAGUGGUCAACCCCAAUUUUUGCAAUGAGGAGCAAUCCCCACUAGGUAAUUACCCCAUCGUGGACAUCAAGGACGUGGAUGGUGGAGAUGAUGCUGUGGAGGAUGACAGUACCCACUUACCAGUCCCCACCACUGGCGCUCCCAACACGCUGGCAGUGCCCGGCACGGUGCCAGCAUCCCCCAGGAAGAAGCUGCUGGCCCCACCAGAUGGUCUGGACGAGGGAUCGGUGCCCCAGUCCCCCAGCCAUGCGCUGCUGGGCCAGGACGAGGAGCAGAAGGAAAGCCUGCCGGAGCGCAUCGGUUCGGCCACGAGCCUGAGCAGUGCCAUCGUCAACACCCGGCUCCAGGAGCUGGUGAAGCUCUUCAGAGAGAGGACUGAGAAGGUGAAGGAGAAGCUGACUGACCCUGAUGUCAGCUCGGAUGACGAGAGCCCUACAGCAUCCCCUGCCAAGCCAGCGCCAGCGCCACCACCUGUGCCUCCCCCAGGAGGGGAGCCAGGGGGGGACAAGCCAGCAGAGGAAGAGCACUACUGUGAGAUGUUGUGCUGCACCUUCAAGUACCCACCCUGGGUGCAUCGCCUGAAAAACUACCAGUUCCCCAGCAGCAUCGACCCAUUCGCCAACCUGAUGUACGUGCUGUGGCUGUUCUUCGUUGUCAUGGCCUGGAACUGGAACUGCUGGUUGAUCCCUGUCCGCUGGGCUUUUCCCUACCAAACGCCAACAAACAUCUAUCUCUGGCUGCUCAUGGACUACCUCUGCGACCUCAUCUAUCUACUGGACAUCCUCGUCUUUCAGACCCGGCUGCAGUUUGUUCAGGGCGGGGACAUAAUAACUGAUAAAAAGGCCAUGAAAGAGAACUACCUGCGAUCAGAACGCUUUAAGAUGGAUGUGGUGUGCCUCCUGCCCCUGGAUAUCUUCUACUUCAAAUUCGGUGUCAACCCACUCUUACGCUUUCCUCGCUGUUUGAAGUACCUGGCCUUCUUCGAGUUCAAUGACCGCAUGGAGGCUAUCCUGAGCAAGGCAUACAUCUACAGAGUGAUUCGGACCACUGCCUAUUUACUGUACUGCUUGCACGUAAACUCCUGCCUCUAUUACUGGGCAUCAGACUACGAAGGACUGGGCUCUACCAGCUGGGUCUACGAUGGGGAAGGAAACAGCUACAUCCGCUGUUACUACUGGGCAGUCAAAACCCUCAUCACCAUCGGGGGCCUGCCAGACCCCAAGACGCUGUUCGAGAUCAUCUUUCAGCUGCUGAACUACUUCACGGGCGUCUUUGCUUUCUCCGUCAUGAUAGGGCAGAUGAGAGACGUGGUCGGCGCCGCUACCGCAGGGCAAACUUACUACCGGAGCUGCAUGGACAGUACCAUUAAAUACAUGAACUCCUACAGAAUCCCCAAAAUUGUUCAGAACCGGGUGAAAACGUGGUACGAGUACACUUGGCAUUCACAAGGCAUGCUAGAUGAGUCGGAGCUGCUGGUGCAGCUGCCAGACAAGAUGAGGCUGGACAUUGCCAUUGAAGUGAACUACAACAUCGUGAGCAAAGUGGCCCUCUUCCAGGGCUGCGACAGGCAGAUGAUCUUUGACAUGCUGAAGCGGCUCAGAUCUGUGGUCUACCUGCCUAGUGACUAUGUGUGUAAGAAGGGAGAAAUCGGCCGCGAGAUGUACAUUAUCCAGGCAGGACAAGUGCAGGUGCUGGGGGGACCCGACGGCACAACUGUGCUGGUGACUCUGAAACCUGGAUCCGUGUUUGGAGAAAUAAGCUUGCUGGCGGCAGGAGGGGGAAACCGCCGAACAGCGAACGUCGUAGCUCACGGCUUCGCCAACCUCUUCAUUUUGGAUAAGAAGGACUUGAACGAGAUUUUGGUGCAUUAUCCAGAGUCUCAGAAGCUUCUGCGUAAAAAGGCCAGAAAAAUGCUGAAAAAUAACAAUAAGCCCAAAGACCAGAAGGGAGGACCCGCAGACCCGCUGAUCAUCCCCCCGAAGGCUGACACCCCGAAGCUCUUCCAGGCUGCCCUGGCCGCCACGAGGAGGAUGGGAGACAAGGGGCCACUGGCACGGCUCCGCUGGAGGCUGAAGGAGCUGAAGGCGAUGGAGGCAGCACAG